AAUCUUGAGAAGUGGCGAUAAGGAACCUCGAGCUUGUGCAAGUGAUGGCAAGCCAAAACAUUACCGCCGAGAAUACUUACAUCCGUUUACUCUAAUCCUAGCCCCAACACCACACCAAUCUUAG